CCCUUCCUUAUCUUUUAGCCACCGCCAUUUUGGACUCCUUUUCCCUGUUCUACCUAACAAGAUCAUAAAAUCUGUUCCUAAAAACCUCCAACUAUCUAAAAGACCUUUUCCUGUCCCACCGGAUUCCCUGGAGCACAGAGUGCCUCACUCCACCCUGAACUCCUUCAGGGGUUGUUGAAGGUCAAUAGCUAUAGCAGCAUGGGGUUCAAUCUCCCCAUGGCAGAUGGCAAAUGCUCUUGGUAAGUGCCAAUUUGUAGUUGACACUACCUAGGAAUUGACUCUCUCAGGACCAGAAAGAGAGGCAUGGGCAGUAGCAGGAGUCAGAGCCAGGUACAUACAGAGGCUUCAAGCCUCCAUCAUGCUUCACUGUGCCAUCAGAUUUCACUUGUAAGACACAAAUUCAAAGAUAAAAUUACUGAAAAUUUUAAGACGGUGACUGCAGAACAAUAUAAUUCUGUGCGCUGGGCCCUGUGUGGUGUUCUGGCUGCAAGGCCAUGAAGUCAACCCUGAUGAUCACUACUUUUAUGUUCAAAUUGUUCCAGUUUUGUCAGUUGGAGUCCUUUCAAGCUAGCCCUGUUUUUUUUUUUUUUAAUGUUUAUUUCCAAUAUGAAGUGUUAUUUUUGAGCAUUUUCUGAAAAUAUAGUUCAACAAGUUAACAACUAGGUACAAAAUACUUAAGAAUAUACUUUGACAUUCACAGUGGACAUAUUUGAAAGGUAAGUUUUGUUAAUGUAGCUUAUAAACAAAAAUAUUUUGACAGUCCCAGUUAAAACAAGCAAGCUCUUAACUGAGGUUUAAUAUACUUGGUUUCUGUAACAACGUUCUGUUGUUUUCCUCUGGAUACACUUUCCUCAAAUUACUUUUUGAGUUUCCUCUGCCCAUGCCUUAAAUACUGACCAAUCCUCUGGAUUCUGCACCAAGUCCCCUUUUUACCGUUUCAGCACAUUUUCUAGACGAACUCAUUGCCUCUCACAUCUGAGUGGUAACAGCUCCAGUUCAUGUCUUCUGUGCUUCAGACCAGCUUUUUCAACUGCAUACUAAAAGAGUUUCACUUGGAUGUUCUGCUGGCGCUGGCAUGUCAGAGUUGAAAUGCCCUGGACUUGUUGAUUAUGGUCUAUUUCACUCUCCCUUCCUGUUGCUUUUGUCAGACAAAAGUAUCUUUUUAGAAGAGGACAUGUGAUUACAAGUUGCCUAAUUGUUGAAGUGUUGGAAACUCCAGUCUCUAAAGUUUUGGGGAAAUCAACCAGGAUUUAUACUUUGUCAAGGUGACACGCUGAGUUCUUCAUUAUGUCUGAUGGAGACUAUGAUUACCUUAUCAAGUUUUUAGCUCUGGGAGACUCGGGAGUAGGGAAGACCAGUGUGCUUUAUCAGUACACAGAUGGUAAAUUUAACUCCAAAUUCAUCACAACAGUCGGCAUUGAUUUCAGGGAAAAGAGAGUGGUGUACAGAGCCAAUGGGCCAGAUGGAGCUGUUGGCAGAGGUCAGAGAAUCCACCUGCAGUUAUGGGACACAGCUGGACAAGAGAGGUUUCGUAGCUUGACAACUGCCUUCUUCAGAGAUGCUAUGGGGUUUCUUCUGCUUUUUGAUCUGACAAAUGAGCAGAGUUUUCUCAACGUCAGAAACUGGAUAAGCCAGCUACAAAUGCAUGCAUAUUGUGAAAACCCAGAUAUAGUGUUAUGUGGAAAUAAGAGUGAUCUGGAAGACCAAAGAGUAGUAAAAGAGGAAGAAGCCAGAGGACUUGCAGAGAAAUACGGAGUCCCCUACUUUGAAACUAGUGCUGCCAAUGGGACAAACAUAAACCAAGCAAUUGAGACGCUCCUGGACCUGAUAAUGAAGCGAAUGGAACGGUGUGUGGACAAGUCCUGGAUUCCUGAAGGCGUGGUGCGUUCCAACGGUCACACCUCUGCAGAUCAGCUGAAUGAAGAAAAGGAGAAGGGGUCAUGUGGCUGUUGAAGGGGCUAGUGAGCUGAACAGCCAUUCAAGGGGCCCAUGUCUGUGACCUUCCCUAUGGUGAUACAUGACUCAGAGAGAGACAAACAGGCCUUGCGUACAAACUGCUUCUCACCAUCCCAAUUAAACCUAUCAGUAAAGCAUCCUGUUUUAAAAUUACUUUGCUGCAGCUUUGUAAAUAUUCUUUAAGAUUCAGCCUGAGAGUUAGGCAAAAUAUCUCACAUAGCCAAAAGUGCCUUAUAAGACAUUAGCCUCAUGGCAGUAGAUCAUUCAAGGAUUCAGGAUUUUGUAGCCACAGAACAGCGCAUUUAUUAUGUAGAAUGACUGAAGAUACCAUCCCUGCUUUACCAUAGAUAGGCCCAGAGUCUCACCUUUGAGAUCUUAGAAGGUCUUUUACGCAGUCUUUAACGCAGAUUUAAGACCCUUCUUGUACCACAGGGGACUUUCUAAAAUGUCAUCUAAACAAUUUAAAUGUUAAAUAAGAAUAUACACAAAUGAUGGUUCAAUGUCUUGAGUAUAAUUUAUGUAAGCAUUCUCUUUAAAAUGAAUAUAGGACAAAUGAUUGGCCCUGGAUAAACUGGAUUGAUCAAUUUCAUGCUCACUGUGGCUAUUUUUGGUGGGAAGGGUCUUGAGAGUAAGGACUGGGAUGGUCUAGUGUUCUGUAAGCGACUGAAGUGGGGACUUCCGGCUCCCCGCUCGAUUCCCUUUGCUCUGAAAGGUUGAUUGAAGGGUCAGGGAAUUAGAUUUUUAUGCCUUUAGUUCACAGUGAUCUGUGCAUUUAUACUUGGCCUAUGUGCUGGCCCUAUCUGAACAGAGCUGGUGCUUAUGUUGAAGUUAUUUGUGAUAAGCAAAUAUUUAGCUUCUUUUUCUCAUAUUUAUAAUGUUGGUCUGGCAUCCUCAGGCUGCAGUUUCAAUUAGCUUAUGAAUGACUCAUCAUUUUUUUUUCACCAUCAGGAUCUAUCUUGUUGAUCUUUGAAACUUGUUUUGUUUUUAUAUGGGUGGAAUUGAAGGAAUUAGUUUAUAAUUACAUAACAUGUCUGUUUAUACUGUUUGGUGGAAGAUGAAUGUUGGUAUUUAAGCAAUUACAUUCGUAUUCUGUUUCAAAAUAGAAAAACAAAAUAUUCUAUAGCCUGUAGUUUUCACUGAGAUCAUGGGUAUUUACUGUACUUGCUGGAUCUUGCCAAGGUCACGUACUCUUCCACACUGCCAAAGUGUCUUUUUUACCAAAUUAAAGGUGUGUUUCAAAAUAUGCUUCAUGGCAGUUGUUUAUAAAAAUCAAAGGGGAAAAUUCUUAUUUAUUAAAGUAGUUUAAGUAGAUUAAAAUUUCCAAAGAACUUAAUGGCUAUUUAGGAAGAAAUACCACUCAUUAUAAUUUAAAUAAAGAAUAAAAAUAAAUGUAUUUUGUGAUGGCAUAACUGUAAUUAGAAAAAUACAACUAUGAUGAAAAAUAACUACUUGUAUAUGAUAAUUUUCAAACGGCUUUUUAUGGACCAUCUGUCCUGGUUUUUUUUUUUUUGCCACUGCCCUUCAACCACCUGCUUAAGAAACUUAGUUGUGCUUUCUAAGAUCUUACAUAUUUCUAUCCUGAAAAUUUAGACUUUUUAAAAUACCAAGAAGUCACUGAGUCCUAUGCAUUUGAUUGUGUAUCCUAGUGAUAAAAGAUCCACAUAUUUCAAAGACAGGGUCCUCAUCAUAAUCAGUGCCUUGUAAAAUUGCUGUAAGACUUAAGUGGAGGAAAUAAUUUUAUAGCUAUGUACCAGGGGACGUUUUAUAUGAUUUACUUGUAUAGUGAAAAAGAAAACAAUAUCUGUAUUGUGUCAGCCUAUCAGGAACCAAACGAGCAAUUCGUACAGAUUCUAUUGGCCUUAAUACACAAUGAAAUAUAUGCAUGAUACAGUGCACACACAAGAGCCAUUUUCAGUUAUUGACAUCAACAACCUGUAUACUCUUUGGAAAUCAUUUGUCUAAAUUUACUUUGAAGCACCAACAUAAACUUUCUUGUGUGUCAAUGUAUUUUUCUGUUUACAGGCUUGUGUAAAAGUGAAGUGUAUCUUCAGUGAAUUUUGUGCCAGAUAAGCUUAUAAUAAAAAAAGUGGUUUAAUCUGUCA